AUGGAGCAAUAUAUUGCUGAUCUCAUGCAUCACAUUUAUGUGUUUUUAUACCAUGUGUUGCGCAUGACAGCACAAUGGGUGAAUAAGCCCAAAUUCCAUAUGCUGACCCAUCUUCCAGAUGCAAUCAGACGGUUUGGGCCAGCAUGUUUGUUUGCCUCAGAAAAAUUUGAGUCGUUCAAUGGAAUUCUUCGCAACGCCUCCAUCCACUCCAACCAACAAAGCCCAGGCCAAGAUAUAGCCAUCACAUUUGAAAAUUACCAAGCCAUGAGACUAAUUUUAUCUGGUGCAUACCUCUAUGAUCAUAGGAACAUGCACCAUUUCCAACCAUCAUUACAUGUCACAGAGGUUAAAGGCAUACAAAAGCUCAUGGGCAUAGACAUGUCAUCCAAACCAAUUUACCCAAUUGUUAUCAAAGGAGAAGUACCUGAUCAAAUGAUGGAUAAAACACCAAUUCCAACCCAUCUGAAGAAUGUGUACCCAACAGCCAAGUGGAAAUUAAUCAGAACCAUCAAAACAAGUAAAUACAACUCAGUCCAUCGGGGGAUUUUUGUAUUGGAGUAUGUGGCCACUAAUAACUUAAUGGACACCGCAAUCAUUCAAUGUUACCCCGGAGGCCUAUUUCUCAGGCCAUGUGGGAUGAAGCCAUCACCAAGGGCAUGA